CCACCGGGGACACACACACGCACACCCCGAGCGUCUGUCUCUGGGUGUGUGUGUCCGGCUCUUACGACGCCCUCGUCCUCUCCCGACCGUUUAGUCCAGUGCUCGGCACACACCGGAUUCCGGGUCCUCGUUAGCCAGGCCAGGGCGGGGAGCGGGCCAGGCCGGAGCGGAAGCGUUUCCCCCGGGUCGCCGCGUGCCGCCGCAUGGAUCCUCACGAGGCCGAGGUGAAGAACCCCUACGCCUGCGUCAGCAUCCCCCGAGCCCAGCUGCGCCCCGACUUCGGGCGGGCCGAGCCCGACCCGGACCCCCGGCCUCGGCCCGCCGAGCCCCUCUGCGGCCCGGGGGAGGCCAAGGGGGGACCCGGGGCCCAGGAGCCCCAGAGCCGGCCGGGGAACCCCUACGCCGGCCUCAAGCGGCCGGCGGGUUGCCCGGAGCCCCCUUACGCCACCGUCCCGCCGCGGGGGCCCGGGGACGACAUCGCCCACAACUGCUGCUGUUGCCCGUGUUGUUCCUGCUGUCACUGCCCUCCCUGCUGCCGGUGCCAUCCCUGCUGCUGCGUCGUCUCCUGAGCCCCCCCGGGGGACCCCGGCGCUCGGGCCGGGCCCGGCGGACGGGUGGCAAGCCGGAGCCGGGGUGCCAGGGAGCGCGGGCGGCGGUCAGGAUGACCUCCGGCCUCCCGGGCCCUCUCUCUCUCUCUCUGGGGCCCUGGGAGAGGCUCCAUUUCUGGGCUGGGGCGUUGGGGGAGAAGAAUAAUAGUUAAGCGCUUACGGCCUGCCAAGCGCUCUUCUAAGCGCUGGGGGAGAUACAGCGU